GCAGUCCAGCUCUCGCCUCCAGACUUCACACAACGAUGAAGGUACCUGGCAGCUGUCAUACUUGGAAUAUGUGAUUUCGUAGCUUCACAUAUGCAUGAAAACAGUUACUCUGGUGCUCAGUGUGGCGGCGGUGGUGACGGCUCGAGCGGCCCCUCAGGGAUAUGGAGUCCCAGGGACUGGCGGGUCCGGGGGCCAGUACUCCUCUGCCCCAGCUAACUACAACUUCCAGUGGGACGUUGACGACGCUGUUUCAGGCAACUUCUACGGCCACGGGGAACAAGCAACCGACGGAAACGUCCAGGGCAGUUACUACGUACAGCUGCCAGAUACCCGCCGCCAGCUGGUGGAGUACACCGCUGACGAUUCCGGCUACCACCCCGUCGUCACCUACGAAGGUCAGGCCCAGUUUGGUGGCGGCGGCGGCGGCAAGGGGUCUUCUGGAUCAAGUGGAGGCUACUCCUACAGUGGUGGCAGCGGCGGCGGCAGCAGCGGCGGUGGCGGCCAGGGGUCUUCAGCACCAGCUGGAGGCUACUAUCCCUAGCAAGGAGCUCUUUACGCUUAAACUUUG